ACAUCGAGCGCACCUGCGUACAUUGAUGAAGACGAACUGGCUCGGGCAUGAACAACUCUGCCUGCGAAGGCUGCUGUCUGCUGGCCAGAACACGAAGACAACGUUGUUCUCGUACGUUUACAACAUGACUACGGACAUGGACACCCUGUAUGCGAUGAAGAUCUGCCUGCAGAAGGAAUCCCAGUUCCCAUCAGUCCGAGUCGGAGAGGUGGCAGCAAUCGGCGAGGCAAGAACGAGCGUGUUGUCAAGUCAAGCAUAUGCAGAUUCGCUCGCGCGAGAGUCAGGGGAGUCACCUUCCACUCCUGGCGAUCAAUUGCAAUACGACAGUCUGGACAGCACUGCUACUGUUUUGAUAGGUCAGAUGAUGCUGGAUACGUUCACUCGAGUGCAGACAGAACCACUAGACGAUAGACAUCUCGAUGUGAAAUCUUUCAAUCGCACCUUGGCUGGACUGAUCCGCGCCAUGCCUCUUGCCGAUGGCUACAAGGCCUGCAUGACUUUGUUUCAGCGUGUACAUGAUAGAGAACUGUCCACGGAACGACGAAGGGCCACCUUGGAUGUUAUCCAGAAUGUCUAUGUGACGAUUGAUUUCCUUGCGGAAGACUUCUGGUACAGAGGUUCCCACAAUGGCACAAUGGAGAAGGCGAGAUCAUACGAUUGCGCACCGCAUACCGAGCUAUAUCGUGAUGGUAUACGCACUCCAUGACCCUGCAUCCACCAUCCUGAUCACGACAACCGUUCUGGCCGACAUGCUCCAACGAUUCGACAAGUACUUGGCUACCCUCCACCGCAAGGAGCUGCGAGAUGCUGUGCAACACCUCCUUCCCGCGGCCGUAUACAGACUCGAUUG